AUGGUUGUUGUUGAUAAAGAUGGAUCAGACAUACAUGUGAAGGUUCUAAAUGUUAUAGUCAAAGUUUAUGAUUUUGUCAUAAUAGUCAAUAACACUUUUUCUGACAAAAACAAACAUGAAAUCCCUCCUAAACCACUACAGUUCAAACCUUUUGCUGAUAUCGUCACUGGAAAAUGGAAAAGCAAUGUCUUGAUAGACGUCAUAGGAUUGGUCUCUGAGAUAGGUUACACUCAACUACAGAGCGAAAGUAAAAAACAACAAAUUAAUUUGGUGCUGAAGGAUUUGAGUAACCACUGUCUUAAUUGCACUUUGUGGGAGGGAUACACAAUGCAAUUCAACGAAUACAACAACGGUCAAGGAGUAAGGAAAUUUUCCAUUAUAAUCCCACAAUUGAUUUUAGAGGAAUAUUCAUCUCAAACUUUGACUUCACAAACACAUAGUUCCACACAGGCUUUUGGUUCUUCCCACAUAACCCCUUAUGAUAAACUGAUGUAUAAGGCAAUUGUUCUCCCUCUCGCAGAAAUUGUGAAAUUUCAAGCGGCAUGUCAUAAAUGUCCAAUGGUUGUCAGAGGAAGUCAACCGUCUUUUGUCUGUGGCAGUGGCCACAAAACUGAAACACAGAUAUUCGAAUAUAAAAUUUUGAUUGAAGCAGUCUACCAUGGAGCGAAAGCUACUUUUGUUAUAUGGGACCGCGAGGCUUUUCAACUUCUGAAACUUACUGCAGCACAAAUGCGCAACAACAUGCUUGAGGCUGUGAUAACUGACCCUCUGAAAUUUCCCUUGGCACUUGAUGCGUUGGUGGAUGAAACUCUCAAAAAAAAUUUAGAACAUUCAUUUGGCGAAGACUUGGACAUGGAAAUAACUUCUUAUAGUUUGUCUGAAUUGGUUACGCCGACUUUGGCAUCAAAAAGGAUUGUUCCCCACUGUUCAAAUGAAUUAUCUGCUUUGUCUCGGUGCUGA